AUGUUGGUACAGUUCCAAACAACAGCACCAAAAAGCUGUUUUAUGCGACCUCCUGGGGCUGUUCUCACACCUGGCGAGAGUAUUAUAGCAACUGUAUUCAAGUUUGUAGAGCCUCCAGAGAACAAUGAAAAGCCAACGGAUCAGAAGAGCAAGGUGAAGUUUAAAAUCAUGAGCCUAAAGGUGAAUGGACCGAUGGACUACAUAGCAGAACUGUUUGACGAGCAGAAGGAUCAAGUGGCUGUGGAGCAGAUACUUCGGGUAGUAUUUCUAGAUGUGGAACACCCUAGCCCUGCUCUAGAAAAACUCAAGCGUCAGUUGGCUGAGGCUGAAGCUGAACUGGAGGCUCGCAAGAAGCCUGCAGAGGACACAGGUCCAACUUUUAUUGGUGAAGGACUUGUCAUCGAUGAAUGGAAAGAAAGAAGAGAAAGAUAUCUAGCCCGUCAACAAGUAGAAGGGGCAGACUCUAUAUGA